AUGUCCCGCGUGCCCCCUGACCCCCAGCGACGAAAUCGCGCACCGUCCGUGUCAAAUUCAAACGGAAGUCCCCCAGUAUUGUCGCUGCCUUCAACCAGGCCUCUCCUGAUUACCCGUCCGCCCUCUCGCCCAGUCACCCCAAGUAACAACACCUUCGCACCCUCGUCCCCCAAAGGUUCCAUCUUCUCCUCGCCAAAGGGCCCCGUUCGUCCCCAACGGUCGGAACUGAGAUCUCGGCAGCCAUCUGACUACUCCACCGCCGAACGAGCCUCCACGUCUUCUUCGCGCCUCGCUCAUGACUACAACGGAAGAGACCGUAGGGACAGCUCCAGUACCAUACGUUCCGAUGCAUCCGCAUCCCAGCGAUACCAUAAUGGGUCUCUCGCCGACAGCAGGCCUCGACUGGACCUUUCCCGUAGUUCGAUGGAUGAUGUGCGGACGACGUCGCCAACUUCUAUCGCCACAUCCCCUGCGCUUUCUGCCUAUGCUGGUGCUAGGAAACGUGGCAUGACGAACGAGGGAAACGAGGAAUAUGAGAGGGAUAGGAAAGCAGAGAUAGAGCGACAAAAGUCCAGACAGGAACGCAUCAGGGAACGUAUGCCUGGACGUAGGCCUACCGGUAAGGCCAAAGCUGGCGAUAUCGACGCGAUCCUGGAUGAAAUCAAAGACGAAUGGGAGUUUGUUAUCGACCCUGAUUUUAACAACGUAGAUUUGGUACUAGCUCUCCUAGAUGGACCAUCUACCGGCAAAAGCCUGGAUUCAUUCAAACGGACCAAGGCUACACUAUCCCAAGCGCUGAAAGGAUCUGUGGACAAACACUACAAAGCUUUCGCAGACGCAUUGCCACACCACGCUGCCAUUUUGAGCCACCUGGGACUUGCCCAAACGCAAGUCAAGGGAACGCGGAGUUCCUUACAAGAAGCAAAAGACGCCCUUGGCAGCAGACGCGCAGAUCUAGUUCAGCUAUGGUCGCGGGGUCAAAUGCUUGAAGAAAUGAUCCGCUUGUUGGAUGACAUUGAACACCUCAAGUCCAUCCCUGACGCGUUGGAGACUCUCAUAUCAGAAAAACGAUUGAUACAAGCAGCUGCUUUGUUGAUACGGAGCCUUAAAUUGAUCAACAAACCAGACAUGCAGGAGAUUGGUGCUGUUGGUGACUUGCGAAGUUAUCUCACUGGCCAAGAGAAUGCUCUUCGGGAAAUUCUUGUCGAUGAGUUGCAUAACCACCUUUAUCUCAAAUCCUUCUUUUGUGAGACGCGUUGGGCCGCAUACACUCCAAAUCAAAGGACACUUGCAAAGGUUCCUUUUGAAGACGAAUCCGCCCGUCCGGAUAUGCCGACCGUGGCUCGCCCUGUCGCAACAUCCUUUCCUCAGAACUCUCAAACUAGUCGUCUGUCGAGGUAUCUCAAUAGUCUGGCUUCGCGACCCAACGACCCUCCCGAUGACCUUAAUGGGGCGAACCUCGUUAGCCAUGGUGCGGCCCGGGAAACUUCGAUGUCAAUAUCUUCCACAACAUUCCAAGCGGUGCAGGCAAAUAUCGACCCGGAAGCGGAUUCCUUUGCAUAUAUCGAAAUGCUAUUGGAGUCGCUUGCCAUCUUAGGCAAGCUUGGCAAUACUCUGGAUACAGUCAUGCAGCGUCUACCUGGCGAAAUUUAUGCCUUGGUUGAAGCAACAGUCAACGAGGUAGAGGAACGAGCAGAACAAUCCAAGAGAAACUCCCUCAUUCUCAGCACCAGUGUGGGAAGUAAGUCGGAAGGUGGAUACAUCUUUACUUGUAGCGCCCCGCCCGCCAUGCACUCAGCCUGCUUGCAUCCUGCUGUGGGUGCGCCGGCUAUGUUGGUAUCUUCAUUACGCCUCGCCGCACUGGAAUUACCAGCGAAACAAGCCGAUCACGAAAUUUUGAGGGACCUCUUUUGGACAGUAUUUUCGAAACUUGAUGCUGUCACUCAGGGUCUCUGCGUUGUUUUUGAGGUUUCAAACCGUAUUGGAACGCGUCGCGACUUCAAGGACUCCUCAGGUGCUAAAACUGGUGCACUUUUCCCUAUUGCCGAUGUCUGGGGUUUGGUACAGGCCGAAGUUCGGACACUUCUGCAUGAUUACCUAACCGACGAAGAGCAGAGCUCCGUGGCAGGACGAAACCCAAUCGCUUCCAUCAAUGAAGUGCUUCGAGAAGGACGCUUCACGCGAGACAAACUGAAGGUUAUCUUUCGAUUUUCCGAUUCCGAUAUCAGGUCAUCCACAAAAGUUCUUAGAAGACAUGAAAGCGAACUCUUACAUUCUCUUCGCGACACCAUGCCUGGAUUAGCUCAAAGCUCCUCGGAAAGCACUAUUCAGACAACACUUUCUACUGUUACAGCCGACGACCAUGCGGCUGGCCCGGGCCAGCACCAUCGGUUGCUCAUUAAACCGGACGCAUUCCAUGUCAGCGUGUUAUUCCAGCCCACGUUGACAUUCUUGAAUCGAAUAGCGGAUGUCCUUCCCAAUGACGUGGAUAAUGCCCGCUCAAUGGCUGAGCUAUUGGAUGAUUUCGUGCUCAAGGUAUACUUGCCACAGCUAGAAGAGAAAGUAUCUUUAUUGUUCCACCACGCAAUCUCGAGCCCCGAUGCAUUCCAACCCGACAUCCUGUCAACUCGCUUCAGUCCUCAACCACUACUAAAGGUGACCACGCAGAUCAUGGCACUCAUAAAUUCACUGUGUAUAAUGCUUCGCACUACUCCAUUUCACCAAGAGAAUUAUUCCCGCCUGAUCAUCGGGGUUAUCAUUCAACUAUACCAACGUUGUAGUGAUCGGCUACAGGCCCUCGUAUCCACAGAGCGACAUGGAGAUAUUCCGCGAGUGUCACUAGCGGCUCAGUGGGCCCAAAGACCAGAGUUGAACGCGUGUUUGUCGGAAUUUUCUAUGUCAACUGAUGGCUCGGUUAGACGAUCACUCUGCAGACAAGAAAUCCAUCUCGAAAUGAGUCUGCUGGGUCAGGGGACUGUAAGCAAAGAGGACUUGGUUGUCUCUAUACGCGGUAUUGCGGCGCUUUGCAGUCUGCAUAGGAGCGUUGCGUGGAUAACCGAGCAAUUAAGCAAUCUGAAGUCAGCACGGGACGGUGUUCUGUCCCCAGGAACCGCACCACGCUCGGAAUUACCCAACGUUUUUGCACCGUUCACACCGUCACCAUUCCUCCCCGUCUUCCCGUCCGUUUCUGAACAAAACGAAGUAAACUUGCCGCUCUCCAGAGAGAUGGCAAUGCGAUUCAGCGCACUUCAGAAGACAUAUACUCAGUUGGCUGAGAUGAUCCUUCAUACUAUCAGAAUAGAAGUUCGUUGUCGGACAAUGUAUCAUCUUGAUGCAGCCUUCCGCCUUGGAAACUAUCAAAUUGAUCACGAGGUCGGGGAACCGGAUCCUUACAUUGUUGACUUGAACACAGAACUCAGCAAAAUUGACGAAUGCGUGCUCUCCACAUUACUCAAAGAAGAACAAGACUUUGUCUUCUGUGGUUUGGAAGAUCUUGUGGAACAUCUCUUGGUCGCAAACGCCAGGCUCAUACGAUCAGCCAACAACCUUGGGACCACGAAGGUAAUACGGAACAUCCUGGCGUUACAGCAAGGUAUAAGGUCAGUUGGGGGUGGUAGACAAGGCGCACAGUUGGAGAGGGCUAGAUUGUAUUAUUCGCUCUUUUACUUGGGCCCACAGGGCUUGCUCGAUAGCGUCCGCUCCAAGAACGUAUUCUCCUUCGACGAAUACAAAGUGAUGCUGGAUCUCCAGUGUGGAGUGGACCAGAGCCUGGGGGAUGCAGCUGCAGCAAAAGCCAACGACCCAAACCACGGGAUGUAUACCAUCGAAUUGCACGGCUUGGAGCUCGAGAACUCUGCUGAGACCGAGACGAACUAUUAG